AUAGGUAUGGAGCCCUAACCACUAGAGCCACUAUUAAUUCAUUAAAAUAAAUUACAUUAUAUUAUAUUUAAUAUAUAGAUUCAAAUUUCAAUUAAUCUGGUUUUUUAAAUGGUUAAAUCAAUUGGACCAUCAAAAUCAUGAACCGGAGGUCAAAACGGUUUGACCUCCGGUUCGGUUUUGAAAACAUUGAGUUGAAGCUCACACCGCUCGUAAAAAUGGAGAGUCCAUUUGCACAGCAGCAGGGCUCAGCUCAUCUCGGUCCGUCCCUUUCCGUGGAGCAAUUGUUCAGGUGAGCGAGCUUGAUUCCCAUUUUCGAAUUCCUUUUCUUCUUCUUGCCCUACAUUUGAUUUUUUUAAUGUUCGCGUUUGCUCGGAUUUCUUCUUCUUGAAUAGAGUUCCCGUUUUCCCGACGAGAAAACUGAGUUUAUUUGCUUGAUCUGAACUAGUUCUGGACACAAUCACGCUUUCUUUUCCUUUUCGAAUCUAUUUUGUGUGAUGUGAAGUAGAUUAUUUGUUUUUUGUAUGAUUUUGAACCCUUUUUUAAGCGUAGGUAGGUAGAUCUAAUUCCCAGGUUGUCGGUUUUGAUCUGGAUCUGUGAUUUGCGUUGUGUAUUCAUGUUGGAGCUUUUCAUAUUUGUGUUUUGAUUAUGAAAUUCCAAUUGCAACUUUGAGUCGAGAUGAUUGUUUACGGAUCUGGAUUGAAUUUUAUUGAUUUCUCUUGCUUCUCGCUCAAAUGCUGGAUCUAUCAUGUCUGUUAUAUGCUAUAAUUUAUUGAUCUAGCAUUUGCAUUUUCUACUCAGAUGUGAUAUUCUAUUUGCUGUUUUAUGCCACUUGUUGAAUUCAAUUUUCCCUUGCCUUGUUACAGAGAAAGUGCCUUCUGGGAAUUAUUUAAUGGUUCUUUAUAGAAUUUUUAUGGUCCUUGAUUUUGAAAAUGGAUCUUGAAAAUAAUUCUUAAGAGUAAAGA